CUAAAAUACUCUAGAAAUGUGAGGUUAUGUGGACAACGAUCUCUGAUCGCAUCACAACAACGUGGUGUAAAGCGCGGCUUAAAAGACGUUAAUGCGACAGUUAUUUGCCUCAGUAAUAUAUAAAUUACUAUUAUAAUGAGCUUUGUCUAUGAAGUAUUAGAAUAUUUAAAAAGUUCAUUUGUCUCUGUACCAUUAACAUUACUUUUUAGUUAUGGAUUUUAUAAAGUUUUCAGGAGGAAAGAACUGCAAGCAACUGAAGACACGGAAUACUCAUCAUUGUAUACUGACUCUAAAUCCAAUGACUCUUCGUCAGAUGAAAGUUGGGAGGACGAAGAAAGGUACUCCAAGUUAGUUUUAGUUGUCAGGAAUGAUUUGAAAAUGGGAAAGGGUAAAGUAGCAGCUCAAUGUGCUCAUGCAGCAGUCGCUGCCUAUAAACAAGCCUUAAAACAUCCAAAGGUGUUGAAAGAUUGGGAGUUAUCUCGUCAAACAAAAAUUGCCCUAAGAUGUGAAACUGAAGAACAGUUACUAGAAAUACACAAACAUGCAAAAGCAGUAGGACUUUUAUCAAAUGUAGUACGUGAUGCUGGUCAGACACAAGUUGCACCUGGUAGCAGGACAGUAUGUGGUGUUGGCCCAGGGCCUGUUCAUCUUAUUGAUCAAGUAACAGGACAUUUGAAGCUCUAUUAAUUUAUAUUGUAUCAAAAUGUCUUGGAACAGGAUUAUGUUUACAAUUUUUAACUAACUAUGAACCUUGCUGUUAUGCAAAGCUUCCAGUAAAACUCACAUUUUUAUAAAAUUUAUUAAAAAUUUAAGGCAAUUUCAAAAUAAAUUUUAGUUAAAUAAAUAGCCAAAAUUAAUUACUAAUUCUAAAAUCAACCAAUUUAUUUAUCUGCAUAAAAUGUACAUAGUUACUAGUAAAUUUUUUUAUAAUACAUUUUUCUAUUCAAUUGGUAGACGACACAAUUAAAUUGAACAAACUUCUGCUAAUUCUGCUA